GUGGAAUCUGUGAAUCUAGGUUAUCGGGGUCUCUAGAGCCCAACUAUCCGGAAAAAUGGCUCUCUCGGAACUAGAACAGAAGAAACGAAGAACGAGAAAUGAUUAUACAUAUCAGCUGGAGUACCGAACGCGCUGGUCGGAUAAUGAUAUGUACGGCCAUAUGAACAACAGUAUAUAUGCUUUCCUCUUCGACUCCAUCAUCAACACGUAUUUAAUAGAAAAUUGUGGCCUGAAUCCCUUCUCUUCGCGGUCUUCUUCAGAGCAGUCACCAGAUGAACAGUUAGCCAGACAGGGGAACCUCCAACGUCCACCUCAGAUUGGUCUUGUCGUUUCGUCUUUUUGCGACUUCUUUGCCUCCGUGUCAUUCCCGGACGUACUGGAACUAGGUUUGCGAGUGACCAAGCUGGGGAAGUCCAGCGUGACGUAUGAGGUCGGUGUGUUUCGGAAAGGAGAGGAGCCAGUCAAGGUGGUUGGUGGGUUCACACACGUUUUUGUUGAUAAGGUUACUAUGAAGCCUACGAGUGAUGGAAUGGUCCCAGCUAUUCGAAAGGGCUUGGAGAGACUGGCUCUGAAGAACAACCCGGGGUCAAAACUCUGAUAAGGCCAACGCAUAUCCACAUUAUAUGGCUCAAAGGGGGCUGUUAUUUGCAACUUUUAAA